CAGCCUGAGGGACAAUUCUGUGUGCGGAAGUGCGAGUGGAAAAAGAAACCUGCUGCAGCAGUUCCUGAUACAACUGAAACGGCCACGAUGCAGUUUAACACGCGCUCUGAGUUAAGUGUGUAAAUACUCAAGUUGUCCCAUGUUCCCUAAAAGAAAGUUCACAAUUUAAGUCCACCAGAAUGCCGAGGAGUGCGACAGACACGGACGUUUGGAGAGAAAGUUUCGGUCGCUCAUAUUCGCCAGAGGAUAUGGAACAUACAGAAUCUCAUUCUGUGUCAGGAGAGGGACACGGUGCCAGAGCGGGACGGACAUUCACCGCCCGGAGAGGCCCCAAACUGUGGUCCGUCGUCGUGAUGUCAGUGUUGAGUUCGGCCGUGGCAGUGGCCGCUGUUGGUUGUUUGUGCGCCCUCAUCUACCCCAUACUCAAAGAGCUGCGGGCAGAGAGAGUGAGAGGACAGGAUGGGACUGAAGAGAGGAUGUUGGGUUUCUGGAGUAUCCUGGUGCUGUCAGUAUUAGCAGGAUGUAUCUGCUGUGUCUUUUCAUGGACUCUCACCUACCUUGACUCACAGCAGACUGGCAUCCCAACACUGACACUCACCCACUUCAGAGAUGGUUUCCACAUGGGUUAUGGCGUUGCUGUCCUUAAUGGCAUAAUGGCCGUGCUCACUGUCAUCUGGAGCCUCACCUGACUCACACACACACACACACACAUAGAAAUGCUUAGGCUCACAGGUAUCUAAUACUGGACAGUGACCAGCUUUAAACACUGUACAGAGAUUUCUUUCACUGUCAACCAUACAAAAGUUAGCCUAGUCUAACUUUAACAAAGCUGUAAGUGAACGUCUGAGUUAUUUUUACCAGUUUUGUUGGAUCCUUCCUUUAAUCCGUGAUCUGUCUUUUUUGGCCAGAUAAGACAAGCUGUUGUUGUUUUUUUCACUUUUGGAUGGACCUUGUCAUCAGGUAUCUCAAUCAACAGUCUCUAUGGAAACUUUGGAAAUCACUUUCAAUGCAGUGAAUGCCUUCAUAUUUUUCCUUUCCUUGGGGCCUUUUAAGGGAUUCUGUGCAACACCCUUAAGUCCCUCAGCUAAGGAGAAAUUUAGCCGUUAAAUGUCAUACUUUAGGAGAAAACUUAAGGCAUUUUGUGCAACCAACAGAUCCUGUAAAUGGACAAACAUAGUUAAUAUUUACAUGUUUUGUUUGUUGUGAUAAGGGACUGUCCAGUAUAUCUAUGUACACUCCUACUGCAGUCAAGGCUGAACAUUAGAUCUGUCAUGAAAAGGGAACAAUUUAAAUUAUUUGUUUUUAAUGUGGAAAGAAAGUGAUACUGCCACCAGAAAAGUUUGGAUUGUCUGUAUUUAUUUUGUAUAGGGUUGCAACUAACUAUACUAUAAAUACAUUAUUCCUCUUCUCCAUUCCCCCACAGACACUCAUGCCCAUACUGUUAUGCCCCCCAAUGCUAUUGUUUACAAUGUUGUAAUUGUUUGUAAAUGUUUUGUCUUGCUGUAUGUUGCUUGUAUGUGUGCUCAGUUUAAUGUUGCAAAGUAAUCACUUGUCACCAAUGUGUUAUGUAUAUCACCAAUAAAAAAAAUCAAAAUUAAAAAAAAA